AUGUCGAAUGAUGCGUCCACGGCAGCAUCUUCGCAGCCGCGAACCUCUGUUUCUUCCUCCAACCACCUCCGCCAAAAACGCGCUCGAUCACAGCUUUCCUGCAUCCCAUGCCGCACUGGCAAGCUCAAAUGUAAUCGAGCUCACGACCCCGCUUGCGAUCAAUGUAUCAAACGAAAUCGCGAAUCUGCGUGUGCCUGGGCGGCGCCAGCAGUGAAGCAAAAGGGAGUUCGCAAUGUGCACGGCAGGAUCAAGCAGCUGGAGUCUCUGGUGGUGGACUUGAUGAACAAACAGCAGGGUGGAGGCCAUUCACAAGAGGAGGAAAGAGAGUCAAGUACGGAACACACGACGGGGCAACCGACGCCGCCUUCCUCAGACGAGACAGAAUCGCAAGAGCAGAAUGAGUUUGACGCGCCGACAAAGCCAUUUGGCGAGCUGAGGAUCGGCAAGAAUGGAAUAAGCUAUGUUGGGACCUCACAUUGGCACGCGAUAUUGAAUGGAAUAUCAGACCUCAAGCGAGAACUUGAGGACGACGACGAAGAAGAAGAGGAAGAGCUCCAAGCAGAACAGACGCAAUACACGAGACCAUUCGGCAUUGAACCACUGGAUCAAACGUCCACGGGAAUGGGAUUCAUGCUGGGUAACCCUGAAAGUAAGACGAGAGAGCAGCUCAUCGCAGCUGUGCCGGAGAAGAGAGUCACAGACCGACUGCUGAGUCUGUGGUUCAAUUCUCCCGAUCCAUUCAAGAACAUUGUCCAUGGGCCCACAUUUCAAGAUGAAUACAAGCAUUUCUGCAAAGAUCCAAAGCAGACUCCGACCAUGUGGCUGGGACUGUUAUUCUCGAUCAUCAGCCUCGCGGCAUCCUUCGGUCUGCGAGAUGGAGAUCCGACCACGGACGCAGCGCGGAAGACGUUGGCCGAAGUGAACGAAUACCAUGGUCUCGCUGCCUCCGCUGCGACUCUUGCAGAGUUCGCCAGUCCGAAGCGAUACACGAUUGAGUGUUUGAUUCUAUACGCGGCGGGAUUGCGAAGCAGCAACGCGAUGGUCAAUGUGUGGUUGAUGGUUGGCUUGAUCAUCAGACUGGCGUUACGAAUGGGAUACCACAGGGAUGCAGAUAAUUAUCCUGCUGUCUCUGUGUUCGAGGGCGAGAUGAGAAGAAGAUGCUGGGCGAGUAUCAACAUGAUUGAUGUGUUGAUAUCAUUUCAGCUUGGGUUGCCAUCCAUGGUACGAACUAUUGUUACGGACACCAAACCGCCCUCUAACCUGCUUGACCGGGAUUUCAACGUCUCCACGGCUGUCCUCCCACCAUGCCGCAGCAUCGACGAAUUGACUCCUUGCUCAUAUGUGCGAUCGAAACUGAAACUGACAGCCGUUCUCGCCGAAGCCGCUGAGCUGAGCCAUUCGACAAUACCGCCUUCACACGAACAGACAAUGGAUCUGGAUCGCAGACUGGACGAAGCGAAAGCAGCCAUCCCACCUCUCCUCCAAAUGCCUGACAUCUCGGAACUCGUGACUGACCCGGCUGAGCAACUCAUGUGUCGCUUCAACCUCGACUUGCUGUACUUGAAGACUCGUAUCGUGGGCGGGCAACUGGAGAGUGUCAAGUGGUACAUGGGAUCCAUUUCCACGCACGACUUCCUAUUGGCGGCGAUGGUGAUAUGUCUGGAGUUG